UGAUACUCCAUUAAACUCUAUAGAAUUCAAUGCAUGUGGAUGUCCUAAGAACUAAAUUACCAUUGUUGAUAAAAAUUAAAAUAUUUUGCAAUAAAUGUUUUUUCAAUAAAAUAUAUAUGUUCUUCUUGAAAUCAACUGAAUAAAAUAAUACUCUUGUAUUUACGUGAUCAUCAUUUGGGCAAUUUUAGUAUAUAAACCCUCUCAGUGUUGUACAUAGAGCGCCAUAUUCAACAUCAUCCUCUCUUUCUAUUUCCAUCUCCUUUCCAAAUUGAGCUUUUCCUUAUCCAUUAAUACAAUACUCUCGACAAAAUGCCUGGAAUCGCCAUUGGUAGUUUGGGUGACUCCUUCAGUGGCAGCUCUAUCAAAGCCUACAUUGCAGAGUUCAUCUCCACCUUGCUCUUCGUCUUCGCCGGAGUAGGUUCCGCCAUCGCUUAUGGCAAAUUAACAGCAGAUGCUGCCCUAGAUCCAGCUGGUCUUGUAGCCAUCGCUGUUUGCCAUGGAUUUGCUCUGUUUGUUGCCGUAUCAAUCGCUGCCAACAUCUCCGGCGGCCACGUCAACCCAGCUGUCACCUUCGGUUUGGCCGUCGGCGGCCAGAUCACCGUCCUUACCGGCGUGUUUUACUGGAUCGCUCAACUUCUUGGCUCCACCGUCGCAUGCUUCCUUCUCAGCUUCGUCACCGGAGGCCUGGCUGUUCCUACACACAGUGUUGGAAGCUUAGGAGCAAUUCAAGGGGUGGUUUUCGAAAUUGUUAUCACAUUUGCGUUGGUGUACACAGUGUACGCCACCGCAUGUGACCCAAAGAAGGGGUCAGUGGGCACAAUUGCCCCAAUGGCAAUCGGUUUCAUCGUUGGUGCCAACAUUUUGGCAGCAGGUCCAUUCUCUGGUGGAUCAAUGAAUCCAGCUAGAUCUUUUGGACCUGCUGUAGCCAGCUUUGACUUUUCUGGACACUGGGUGUACUGGGUCGGACCCCUGAUUGGCGGUGGUUUGGCCGGAGCCAUUUACCCAAAUGUGUUCAUCUCAGAUGAACACAUUCCCGUCUCCAACGACUAUUAGAUUUUCAUCGUUAUCGGUUGAUUGUGUGGAAUUAAGUUCCAAGGCUUUUUUAAUUGUACAAAUAAGUAGAAAAGCAAUUUGUUUGUUUUUCUUUGUUCUUGUUUAUUCAUAUUUAUGAGAUGCUCAUAAGAUUGUGUUUUUUCGUAAUUGGGUAAUGGAACAAAUGCAUGAUUGGUUAGUAAAAGGACCCACGUGUUGUGUUUAAUUUGGCAUUAUUGGUUUGUAAAUGGACCACAUUAUGUGUUUAGUUUGGUUUGGUAGGUUUUGGGCCCCUUUGGGUUGUUUUUUUCAAUGAGUUAAGGGAAACAGAAUAUAGUGGGUGGUGGGCCUAUUUGAUCAAUAAAUGCAUGUCAUGUGAUUCCAAUCCAAUGCGGAUAUGUUCAAACUUCAAAGUUGUAGGAUGUAAUAUACGGGACUUGAAGUUUAAAUUUGUUAUAGAUACAAAUUUAUGAGAAAUGGGUG